AGCUCGUAGACGGUUUCUUAUCAAUGCACAUUUCGUAAGGCUACCGUGUAAACGCGUUAGAACACGCGAUCACUUCGACAGAGCUCGUUUCUUACGCGUAUCGUGCUCAUUCGCUCUUCGGCCGUAAAUUUUUUUUUUUUAGUUUUGUAAUUUUUUUCCUAGUUUCUCCGCGUUUUUUUUUUUUUGAAAAUUUUUUAAUUCGUUGAUUCUUUCGUUCGAGUAAAAAUGAAAAAUAUUCCGGAAACACACACGAAAAGAAGACACUCGUAUCAUGGUAAAGUUACGUGUUAUAAAGUGUUUGUCCAAAGAUGCUCUGUAGCUGUGCAUUUACGUAGAAGUCAAAUUUACUGCGAGAGCGACUUGAUGCACGAUAUCCAAAUGGCAGCCAUUUACCCGGACUCGAAAACCUUCGUCGACAAGAAACUAAAGUACACCGAAGCGGAGAUCAUGGAGAAAUACGAGGAUCUGAAACGUAACGUACAAAAUGGCGACAAUAUGCAUCAUCUUUUGGUGAAAUUCGUCGACGAGAAUUUCGAAGACGGAGACGAGCUGGAAGUAUGGUUACCGCCGGAUUUCACCUCGCGGCCUAGCUUAGUUGACCGUAUAGCCGAUCCGGAGUAUAGAAAUUGGGCUUUAGCGCUGAAUGAAAUUUGGAAAACAUUAGCCAGAAAGAUCAAAGACGAUGUGAAAGUGCGGCCGGAAUUAUAUUCGUUGAUUUGGGUACCGAAUGGAUUCUGCAUUCCGGGCGGAAGAUUCCGCGAAUUAUAUUAUUGGGAUACGUACUGGAUCGUAAACGGUUUACUACUUUGUGAUAUGAAACAAACGGCCAGGGGCAUUAUCGAAAAUAUAAUCUCGAUGGUGAACCGUUUCGGUUUCAUGCCGAAUGGUAAUCGAGUAUAUUAUCUGAAUCGAUCGCAACCUCCGUUACUAAUCCUAAUGGUUUUCAAUUACUUUCAAACGACCAAAGACUUCAAUUUUAUUAUGAACAAUAUCGAGACACUAACGACUGAAUUUGAAUUUUGGAUGACAAAUAGAAUGGUUAAAUUCGAAAAAGAUGGCAAAACUUAUCGAAUGGCGAGAUACUACGCCCCGUCUCAAGGUCCUCGACCGGAAUCGUACAGAGAAGAUUAUGAAAUUGCUCACGAAUUCGAAAGUCUUCAAGAAAGAGAUACCUUCUAUACGAGAAUCAAGUCUGCAGCCGAAACUGGAUGGGAUUUCUCGAGCAGAUGGUUCAUUAAAGAUGGCAGCUCACAUGGUAGUCUGCGUGAUGUGAAUGCCCCCGGUAUAAUUCCAGUAGAUCUGAACGCAUUCCUACACGCGAACGCCUUAGCCCUCAGUACCUGGUGGAUUCGAAUGGGAAACGAACAGAAAAGCAGACGUUAUCGUGAUAUAGCCAAUGAAUUUUUAAGAGGGUUACAAGAUGUGCUGUGGAGAGAAGACGUAGGAACGUGGUUCGAUUGGGAUCUAGUGAACAAGAAACACCGCGAAUACUUUUAUAUUUCCAAUAUAACUCCUCUAUGGACCGGCAGCUACACGAUGACCAAGAAACACGUCGCCAUGAAAACCCUACAAUACUUAAAAGAUAACCGAAUCAUCGAACCUGACUACUCUGUGAAAUAUAACGGCACACCGACCUCUAUGCAAGCUACCAAAGAACAAUGGGAUUAUCCGAACGCGUGGCCUCCACUUCAAGCUUUCCUAAUCCAGGGUUUAGAUCGCACCAAUCAAAGAUUAGCUCAAGUAGUUGCUUUCCGUCUAGCUCAAACUUGGCUCGGUACUAAUUACAAAGGAUACGCUAAUUAUCAAAUGAUGUUCGAAAAAUAUAACUCACUACAAGCAGGAGAAACGGGCACAGGCGGAGAAUACCUUCCACAGACUGGUUUCGGAUGGACGAACGGAUUAAUUUUAGAAUUUUUAGACCGCUGGGGCAAACAAGUUACUCAUUACGAUACUGACAUAAACCUGGUACCGUCGUAUGGAAAAUGGAAAUUCACCGUAGCCGAAAGUAUGUUAGAAAACGUAGCUGAAAACAUGUUAGAAAACGAAAUCAUGGCAUGAUCGAGUCAAGUCGACCUUUAAAAUAUUUAUUUUUUUACUUUUUUUCUUUUUUUUUUUGAACACUUGUUAAAUUUUGUUUUAUUUAUCUUUUUUUUUUUUUUGUAAUAUUCGAAGCGCUUACUCCUUUAGCGCUCUGUUUUGUUACGUAGUUUCCUGUCUGUCUUUUUUUUUGACAUCAAAAUUGUUGUUUUUUUUGUCUGUUUGUAUGUUUGUUUGUUUGUUACGUAUUUUUGAGUGUUCUUCCAUUUACUAUAUAGGUUUUCUACGUUCUGCUAUGAGCGUUAGAGUAAUAUUCGUGUGUGCAUUGGCGCAUCCAGGAUGGAUUUUUCGGUGGGAGCUGUGGAUCUGAAUUCGUUCUCUUGGCCUUCUCCGUAGCCUCGGAUGCGCCUUUGCGUGUGCUAUUUUGGUACUUCCAUCUUGUAAUAUUUAUGAUAUAUAAUUUUUUGUAAGUUUCGUAUUGCUUGUACGGAUCGUGGUUGUGUUGCUGGUGACGUUGACGUUGAAUAAUGUCGAAUUCCAUUCCAUUUUUAAAAAAUCCGAAGAGCGAAUAUUGUUUCCAAAAUUUACGAAUUUGUGCUUCAUUCGUACCCCUCGUGUUCUGCGACUCGUUCCUUUUUAUUAUUUUUUUUUUUCAAUUUAAAAGUCGUGGAAUUUGGGGGUAUUUUUGAAGCACUGUUACCUUCUGAUACGAAAACGACGAUUUGAAAAAAAUCGAAACGAAAACGAACACUUUUAGGAUCGUUGAUGAUCAUUUUUUCAUUCAAUUUGGUCAAAAAAUUGCAUCUUUCGUGCCUAAAAGUGAUCCCUAGCUUACUAAUUUCUAGUUCCGAGUUCUGGCACUAACCUUUUUUGAUGGCUAAGCCUCCGUAUAUAGCAAAAAUACGAAAAGACGCUUAUUUUAUACAUAUACACGUACGUGAUCUUGGUCGAUAAGAUUCUCCCUUUGUAGUAUUAUUCGGAAGUUACUGCCUAGCCAGCUUUUUGAUUUUGAAUAAAAAAAUCUCGAAUAGGUAUCUUCUGUAAUUUUUGUUUUUUGUUUUCCUUAUAUCGAUGUGAUACUUAGUUUAAUAUUAUCGUACAAGAGUGAGUUUUUUUUCUUUUGUUAUUAAAUUAAUCGCGUCGAGCAGAAUUCUAAAUUAUUCUCGACGCUGCUCUAUUGUGACGACGAUGCAUCGUGCAAAUACGCUGAAGCUGUUGAAUUUUUUCAAGCUAUUUGUCGAUGUUUUCCUUUUCCUCUGUCGUAUGUUGUACUCCUCGUAAUUUAUUCUAGGUAAGUGAAAAAUGAAGAAGAAUAAUGUGUCGUGCACAUUAAUUGUAUUAUAUUUAUUUACGACGGUAUUUUACGUAAUUAUAUCGAGGUUAAGUUAUUCUCUUUCAGUACAUUUUGAGUUUUAUUUAAAACAAUAAAUAUGUUUGUAGAAA